UUACUGGAAGAUAGUGGCAUGACGGAAAAAGAUAGGAAGGCAGUGAUUGAGAUGGUGAUGGAUGUGUCUGGAGCGCAGCAUGCUGUCGAAAUGGGUCUCGAUGUUCUCGGGCAAACAAAUUUUUUUGGUCUCGAAGACAAAUUCUUCGAGGUCCAAAUUGUCACGCAUUUCAGAGUCAAGGAACCCAGAGAAGUCAAUUUUGAUGUGGAUGAAUACGAAAAACUGGAUAGACAUCAUCGGCUAGAUGCGCUUUGGAAAAACGUUGAGCGAAUAGCUCAUAGCCGAUCUGAAGACCGGAAUCGGACGAAACGCCAGAUAUCAGUGCUGGCGCCGGUUAUCCUCGCACCAUACAUGUUUUCGCCAAUAUUCGGUCUCAGUAUCCUGGGUCCAGUGGUUCUUUCGCCAAAUAUCUUCAGUCCGCUAAUUCUGAAUCCUUCCGUACUUGGGCCAUUUAUUCUUGAUCCAGCCAUUUUCAUUCCUUUCAUCAUCAGUCCAUAUGUUCUGUCGCCGUACAUAUUGUCGCCUAUUCUCGGCGGCCCUUUUGUAUUAUCUCCAUAUGUUUUAUCGCCUAAUAUGUAA